AUGGAGAAUCUUGAAAACGGGAAACAGGAAGCCUGGACGUCUGCAGAUCUCCCUCCUACCAAGAACCGCGAUGAUGAGCCAGGCACGCAUAGCCAAAUCGAGAAUCAUGAUUCUGCAUCCCGGCCUGGGAAGCCGCUCGCAUUUCACAUGUCCUUCAUCGCCCUUCUGAUCAUGGGUUUCAUUUGCGCCUUAGAUGCUACUGUGCUCGGUGUCGCGAUACCUUCUAUAGUAUACGAACUUGACGGAACGACUCUUGAGGGAUUCUGGGCCAGUAUCUCGUUCUUACUGGCCGUCGUCAUUGUCCAGCCGCUAUACACCAAUAUAUCCAAUGUCAUGGGCCGUAUGAUGCCCCUGUAUACCUCGUACUUCUUUUUCAUUGCUGGCUCCAUCGUCUUCGCCUUGAGUCGGAAUAUGACUACUCUGAUUGCGGGGAGGGUCCUUGAGGGCCUUGGUGCUGGCGGCCUGGACGUGCUCAAUGAAAUCAUCCUGGCGGAUAUCACAACCUUAAAGGAACGACCAAUGUACCUUGGCUACUUCGCUAUUCCCAUGCUGGGAGGCACCGUUCUUGGUCCAAUCCUUGGUGGUGUGUUCAGUCAGUAUGUCACCUGGAGGUGGAUCGGUUGGAUCAAUCUACCAUUAUCCGCUAUCGGGCUCGUUUUGUCAAUCUUCUUCCUGAAGCUGAAGGCUAUAGACCAACCAAUGCGGGAGAAAAUGCGUCGUCUUGACUGGGGUGGAAUCGUCCUCUUCACGACUGGCUGUACUUUGUUUGCUUCGCCCGUGGCCUGGGCAGGUGCGAUGUUCCCCUGGUCCUCAUACAAAACGCUAGUCCCCCUAAUAUUGGGCGCCGUAUUACUGGUUGCAUUUGCCUUCUACGAGAGAAGACCCAUCGAACCGGUAUUUCCCUACCGGAUGUUCAGCGAUCGGACUGCUGCUUUGACCCUCUUUGCAAGCUUCCUCCACGGUAUCGGCAACUACAGUAUCACACUGUAUAUUCCGUUGUUCUUCCAGGCUAUCUAUCUCGAAGAGCCAUUGGCGGCUGCUGUCCUGACUCUCCCUGUUUGCUUUUUAGCCAUCGCCACUGCAGUUUUAGCCGCCGUUGCUGUCGAGGUUUUGCGCAAGUACCGCCUUGUGAUACUUGUCAGCUGGAUUUUCAUGGCCGUGGGGGCGGGCAUUCUGACUCUGUUAGGGCCUUCCUCUACUCUGGCCGAAAAGGAGUCCUUUCAGGUUGUCCUUGGCAUUGGAAUUGGCGCUUUCUGGUCUGUUCUGAACCUCCCCUUGCAAGCCAGCAUGCAAAACGCCGACGACAUGGGCCUUGCAGCUGGAAUACUAUGCUCUUUCCGUCUCUUCGGAGGGCUCAUAGGGCUGUCAAUGUCGUCCACCAUAUUCAACACAAUCUUUAUUAACAAAAUUAAGGCUUUAGGCCCUCUUCCUGGUGAGCUGGCUGCUUUGAGUGAUAUACGAGAAGCGGUUGGCUUUGUACCACUUUUAAGAAACAUUGAAAAAUCAGUCGAGGUAUUAGAUAGCGUAAUUGAUGCAUACAGAAUAUCUAUCUUUGGAGUUUUUUGGAUGAUUGCCGGUACUUCUGGCGUGGGAUUCUUCAUCUCAUGGUUUAUCGAGGACAAGCCGUUGGAAGGGGAAGAGCUAGGGAAACAGCAUUUUGAAACAAAGAAACAGGAAUCAAUUCCAUAA